AUGGGGGGCAGAUCAGACAACAAGGCCGGCUACUUCGACAAGCUCAAGGGCCUCCUCGAAGAGUACAAGUCGAUCUUCAUCGUCGGUGUUGACAAUGUCAGCUCCCAGCAGAUGCACGAGAUCCGACAUGCUCUCCGAGGCCAAGGUGUCGUCCUGAUGGGCAAGAACACUAUGGUUCGUCGUGCCAUCAAGGGCUUCAUCGCCGAGUCCCCAGAGUAUGAGCGUCUCCUUCCUUUCGUCAAGGGAAAUGUCGGUUUCGUUUUCACCAACGGCGACCUUAAAGAAGUCCGUGACAAGAUUCUUGCCAACAAGGUCGCUGCGCCCGCUCGUGCUGGUGCCAUUGCUCCGGCCGAUGUCUACGUCCCCGCUGGUAACACUGGUAUGGAACCCGGAAAGACCUCUUUCUUCCAGGCUCUCGGUGUCCCAACCAAGAUUGCCCGUGGUACCAUUGAAAUUACCACCGAUCUCAAGCUCGUCGAUGCUGGUUCCAAGGUCGGAGCUUCCGAGGCUACCCUGCUCAACAUGCUGAACAUCUCUCCCUUCACCUACGGUAUGGGUAUCACCCAGGUGUACGACAAUGGCAACACUUUCCACCCUAGCGUCCUUGACAUUGAGGAGUCUCAACUUCUCAAGGCUUUCUCGAGCGCUAUCUCCACCAUUGCUGCCAUCUCCUUGGCUGCCAACUUCCCAACCCUUCCUUCAGUCAUGCACUCCAUCGUCAACAGCUACAAGAAGGUCUUGGCCGUCGCUGUCGAGACUGAGUACAGCUGGCCUGAGAUUGAGGAGUUGAAGGACCGCAUUGCCAACCCUGACGCAUACGCAGGUGCUGCAGUUGCGGCCGUCUCUACCGAGGCUGCCCCCGCCGCUGCCGCUGCCGAGGAGGAGAAGAAGGAGGAAGAAGCUGAGGAGUCCGGAGAUGAAGGAUUCGGAGGAUUGUUCGACUAA